UUCUGCAGGUUUUGAAUGCAUCGCACUCAUACAGAAAAAGCUCUCGAGGCAACAAAAGAAAAAGAAAAAGGGGAUGCAAUGGCUCUAAAUCUCAACAUGUGAUGGUUUAUUGAUGAUCCUAGACCCCUGACAGAGACGGCACUUAAGGUCGAGACAAUGAUCAGUUAACUAAACAUGUAUCAUGGUUGGCUACAUGCUCUCACACCCACUGGAACCAAGGAGGGUUUAAUCCUCUGACGCACACACACACACACACACACACACAAAGUUUACUGCACAGGACUUUGGCUUCUUUCCCUCCGCAGAAAACUUCAAACCAUCCACCAAACAGCAUAGGAACACAGAUCUCCACUAUGUCCCUCCUCACUCACCUGUUGGCGUGCCUGUUCGGGAUGGGCUCCUGGGUCUCCAUCAACGGCCUGUGGGUGGAGCUGCCCCUGAUCGUCCCUCAGAUCCCAGAGGGCUGGUUGCUGCCUUCAUACCUCUCUGUGAUCAUUCAGAUGGCUAACGUCGGGCCCCUCUUUGUCACCCUGAUGCAUCGCUUUCGGCCCGGCGCCUUGAACGAGAUUGCCGUCAUAUACUUGAUCAUUGGACUGGGAACUGUGGCGAGCUUCCUGCUGGGAUUCUUCUGGAAGGAGACUGUGGUUGUAGGUGGCGUUCCUCGCAGUGUAGCCCUCCUUGUGUUGACUUUCUUCCUCUCUGCGGUCGACUGCACUUCCUCCGUCACCUUCCUGCCCUUCACUAUGCAGUUAAAGCCCCAAUAUCUGACCACGUACUACAUCGGGGAGGGUGUGAGUGGCCUGCUGCCCGCUCUGGUGGCGUUGAUUCAGGGUGUCGGGGUCGUCAACUGCAUAAAUGGCACACAGUCUCUAAACCACACCCUGAACACCUCGUAUAGUGCUUCGAGUAGUGAGCUCAGGGCCGAGUAUCAGCCGGCAAACUUCUCAGUGGAAGGGUUUUUCUUCUUCCUUAGUGCUAUGAUGCUUGUGUGCCUGGUGGCGUUCCUGCUGCUGAACUACCACCCGUCUGUGGCGAGGGAGCACCCGAACAGUCGCUACACCACCGGGGUGAAAGACAAAUCUCAGACAAAAAAGAAGUGGGCCGAGCAGAAGCCCAUGAUGGAUCCCUACAGAGCUCCAAACCUGAAGCGCAAGAGCAGCUUCGGGACUGGAUCCUACAGCUGGAUUCAGGUGUUUUAUAUCUUUGCGAUCCUGGCCUGGGUUAACGCUCUGAGCAACACAGUUGUUCCCUCGGUGCAGUCCUACUCCUGCCUGCCAUACGGGAACAAGGCGUUUCACCUAUCAGCCACCAUGGCCGCAGUAUCAAACCCUCUCGCCUGCUUCAUCGCCAUGUUCUUCCCUAUAAGGUCUUUACUGCUGAUGGGAGCUCUCACAGUGACAGGCAGUGGAAUAGGUGCUUAUAUAAUGGGUAUGGCUGUGUUGAGUCCAUGUCCAUUGCUAGUAAAUGAAACUUCAGGUGGUGUCAUCAUGGUGUUGGCCUGGAUCCUCUUUAUUCUCACUCUGUCCUACGUGAAGGUGAUUAUUGGAGUGAUCAUGAGAGACGAGGGUCACAGCGCCCUCGUGUGGUGUGGAGCGGUAGUGCAGCUGGGCUCUCUGCUGGGGGCUGUGACAAUGUUUCCCCUGGUCAGUCUUUACAGCUUCUUUUCAUCAGGGGACCCGUGCAACACAAAAUGCCCUUAAAAUUAAGUAAGUGGGACAGUAGCAGCCUCUGAUGUGCCACAUUUUUUAUGCGUAGAUUAUAGUUGUGUUUGUUUAUGUUGAUUUAUUUG